AAAAGGGGGUGAUUGAAUUGAAUGAGAGCGGGUAUGGCCGUAAUAUAAUGUGAUCAAAAACAUAAGUAAUGCCAUAUGCACCCUCUUGCGAUAAAAACAUUUAAAUUGCGUUCUGAAAAUAGCGACAAAACUUAACAUCUGUUUGCAUAACAACCGGGAGCGAAUAUUAUCGACCUUGAUUAGUCAUAGCAGUGAAUACUGAAUAUACCCUACGAAGUAUAUACGGUCAAUCAGUUGCGUGUGAUGCUUUGCAUCGUCAGUUAUUCAUUUUAAUAUGGCGUCAUCUAAAGGAAACCUGGAAGAAAAAGAUCUGAGAAUCAAGGCGUGGCUUGAAGAUAAAAAGAAACUUUCGCUACUGCUGGAAGAAGCGAAAAACCGCCCCACCAAGACCCUUCUUAUAAAUUUAUAUCUGAAAAGUAAGGAAUCGGCCAACGUGGAAGAACUGGAAGCAGAAACCGAGAAUGUCAUGUCAGUAACCUUUCCUCGCACCGGUUCCUUGGAACAACGGAUCAAAGAUAUCCAGAAACAGUGUCUGAACCAACUGGGUGACUUGUUAACUCCCGAAUUAGUUAAUAAAUUAAAUUAGAACCAUUA